CACGACUUACUUAGUGCCUGUUGGACCGUCGGUAGGGUAGGGUGUAGACGUUCCUCUCCUGCACUCGGACCGGUAAAACCCCAAAAUAACAAAAUUAACGGGGGGAAAAUGAACGAGGAGGAAUCUCAGAAGCUUAAGGAUGUGGCGGACGAUGCCGGGCACGCGUACGGGGAGUGGUUCAAGAGAUACAUGAAUAUUUUUACCAGGAGAUUUGCAGAAUGGCUACUGGUUUUCUUGUUUGGGUAUUAUAAUUUGAGCUUUGGCUGGUUAAUGGCGCCGCUGUUCUUCCUGGUGCUGCGGGAUAAGCGAGCCAAGGAGAAGAAGGUCAAGUUUGAUAUCAUUCGCUCCAUCGCCAAUGCUGAGGAGAAGGAUAUAUUGCAGGAAAUACAGAAAUUUGCUAACCUUCCUUCGUGGGUGACCUUCCCUGAUAUGGAGAGAGUGGAAUGGCUCAACAAAAUCGUGCGUCAGCUGUGGCCAUAUGCAGGUCACUAUGUUCAUGACCUGUGCAAGUUCUCCAUUGAGCCCAGCAUCCGUGUGGCCCUGGAGGAGUACAAGCUGAAUGGGUUUAAGUUUGAGAAGAUCAUCCUUGGCGACACUCCCUUCAGGCUCUCUGGCGUCAAGGUGUACGACGACACUUCACGCCACGAGAUCAUUAUGGACAUGGAUUUUGCGUACGCUGGGGAUUGCAAGUUUGAGGUGAGCGUUUCCAAGUUCAAGAUGGGCAUUAAGGACCUCCAGGUUCUCGGGAGGAUGCGAGUGGUGAUGAAGCUGGUGAGGCAGAUCCCGCUGGUUGGUGGCCUGCAGGUGUUCUUCCUCAAUAACCCUGAUGUCGACUUCAACCUCAUCGGACUGGCGGAUGUGUUUGAUAUGCCAGGAUUAAGUGACAUCCUCCGCAGCAUCGUUACGGAGCAGAUAGCCCACAUGAUGGUGCUGCCUAACCGGUAUCCUAUUCAGUUAGUGGAGGACAUCAACAUCGCUGAGCUGAAGUGUCCUGCUCCUGCCGGUGUCCUGCGUAUCCAAGUAAUCGAAGCCAAGAAUUUAAUGAAGAAGGACGUGGGGCUGAUGGGGAUGGGCAAAUCAGAUCCUUACUGCAUCCUGCGACUCGGGGCUCAGAAAUUCCAGACCAAGACCAUCAACAACACCAUCAACCCCAAGUGGGACUACGCGUGUGAGUUUCUGGUCAAUGAUCUCCAUGGCCAAGAGGUUGUGUUUGAGGUGUUUGAUGUGGAUGAUGGGCUCAACAACGACGAUCUUUUGGGGAGAGCCAAUCUCGACGUACAUGACAUCUGGCAGAGCGGUGAAGUUGACAUGUGGGUGCCCCUCUCCGAUGCCAAGUCUGGAAGGAUUCACGUGAGGGCGUCCUGGCUCGAGCUGGACCAGGCGGCAGAAUCCUUGGAGCCUCAACUGGAGGAGAUCCGUGCCCUGCAGACCACCACCAAGAACCCUCUCCACAGCGCUGUGCUCCUCGUUUGGGUCGACUCUGCCAAGAAACUCAAUCCCUCACACAAGAACAUCCCGGAUCCCUUUGUGCGUCUCCACGUGGGCAACAGCCAGAUGGAGACGGUGGUGAAGCAGCGCACCAACGACCCAGUGUUUGAGGAGGGCUUCACCUUCCUGGUACGCAACCCUCGCACUCAGGAACUCAAGGUCGAGGUGGUGGAUAACAAGACCACCACAGUACAGGGCAAGAUUGAGCUGGAUCUGAAGGUGUUGCUGAAGGAACGCAACCUGGAGAUCAUGAACGAGGAGUACUCCCUCAGUGGUGCCUCAGGGGGCCUCGCUUCACUCAAGAUGAACCUUUCCCUCAGGAUCCUGAAGACGGUGCAGAAACGCGACGACGGCGAUGGCGGACCGAAGGAGAUUGGUGAGGCAAACCAGACACCCCCCUCUGACACCCCUACUACUACCGAACCCACCACCACCCCACCCACCACCACCAACCACCACCACCACACCACCACUACUCCCACACCCCAACCUGAAAAAUCAAAACCCCAGUCCCAGCCUUUGACUCAGCCCCAGACACAGCCCCAGCCAGCUCCUGCCCCGCCCACAGUGACCCCAGCCUCCCCCGACGCCUCCCCGGCCACUGAUGAGGUGGCAGUAGAGGGCGAGGAGACAUCUGCCGAGGGAGACACACAGGAGGGACCAAAGGAGGAAGUGGCGACAGUAGCAACAUCCCUCUCCACUCAGGCCACCCCUCCUGACUCGGGUGAAGAGGGCGAAACAGCAGUCAGGCAGAGGUUACCGGAGAAAGGCGUUCAUGGUCUGGGACGCAUCGAGCUGACGGUGAAAUAUGGACCUCGCAACAACUUGAUCAUUGUGGUCCACCGUGUCCUGAACCUACCAGUGGAGGAGGAUGGGGAGCUGCCAGACCCCUACGUGAAGCUGUACCUCCUCCCAGACCGCAGCAAAGACAGCAAGCGCAAGACAGACGUGAUCAAGGACAGCUGCAACCCACAGUACGACGAAAGGUUUGAGUACGCCCUGCCGCCCAAUGAACUCACCAAGCGUACUCUGGAGGUCACUGUCAUCAACAAGAAGGGCCUCCUCUUCCUCCACUCACCAAAGAUGGGCCAGGUACUUCUGGACUGUGGGUUGCUGGACGCCUCAAAACCCACACAACUGUACGACCUGUGCCCACCAUGCGACGAUGAGGAUGAGUGAGGGCGGAGAGGUGUGCUGGGACGCGUGGCCAGCUGGCGGGGCAGCUUGAGGCGCCUCAGCAGACUGGCCAAGACCACCAAGAGGAAGGUGUGAGGUGCAAGAAGCCUGACCACUUAUAUAGCUACUGCUGCCGCUGCUACUGCUUCUAGGGACAGAGGGAGGGAGGGAUGGGGGGGGUGUCAGUGGAAUGGUGGUUGAGAAGGUAUGUGGUUUGAAAGACAGUGAAAUAAUGGCGUGUUUUAAGCUUGUCUUGAGGGAGUGUGUGUGAGAGAAGGUUAUAAAUGGGGAAAUAUUGAGGAUUGCAUUACUUGAAAAAAAGGUGAUAUUUCUUAAGGGAAAUAUGUGAAAAAGGUUGGCAUUGCUCCAGGGAAUGUUUUGAGGGAGAGUGUCUGAAAGGAAGAAUGCUCGAGAAAAUAUCUUGAAAUGGGUUACUUGAAAAAAAAAAAAAUAUUUUGACGGAGUGUGUCGAUGGAAAGUGUUGCAUUAAAAAAAUAUUACGUUUCUGAAGAGAUGAGAAGUUGUGGAAAUAAGAUGUGUGGAGGGAAAGCUUAAGUGAGAAUCAAGUAAUAUUAGGGUGAAGAAGAGUAGAAGCAAGUGCCCAUUGAAAGAGUGCGUUGUAAAAAAUGAGUGUGACGAGAGUGUACAGGGUUGUGGGUUUGUUGUUGUUGUUGUUUUGUCAGUCCUGGUGGUGGUUGUGUUUUUGGGGACAAGAUUCUAUAUAAAUUUCCACAUUAUUUGAACAAAGCUAAGAUAAAGAAAGAAAAAGAUAAGAGAGAGAGAUAGAGCCAAGAUAACUUACUAAUCCGUGCACCAAAACAAAAGCAGAAUUCUCAACUUAAAAUCGAACCAAAAGAUUUUCAAAACACAAAGAACAACAAAACAAAAUCUCAAAAUUAGUGUUGUAUCUCAAACACUCAUGAAAUUUAGAGACAUAAGAGGGAAGGAUCUUAUUCAGAGUAGGAAUGAAGGAUAGAAAGGAAGAAGGAAAGAAUGAAGGAGAGAGGAAAGAAGGGAAUGAGUGAAGCUGAGGAUAGAAAGGAAGAGAGGGAAAGAUGAGUGAAAAAGAAAGGGAGAAAAGAGGAGGUAAAUGUAAGUAAAGGAAAAGAGGAAAGAAGACUGAAGAGAGUAAAGUAGGAAAAUAUUAUAAGUGAAGGAAAGAAAAAGGAAGGAAUAGGAAAAUAUUAAGUGAAGGAAGGAAGAAUGAGUGAAUAGAGGAAAGGAGAGAAAAACUAAAGAGAUGAACACAGGAAAUGAAUCAGCAAUAAGAGAAAGAAAUGAAUUAGGAAUAAGAGAAGAGUGAAGUGGAAGAGAAGAGGAAAGAAAGGAAAGGAGAAGACAGAGAAAGAGAGAAGGGAGGGGGGGAGGGGGAGGGGAUUAAAAGCCUUAGGGCAGGUCAGACUGGCCACACCUGCACCUUGUAACAACCCAGCACACUUCACAACUAGAGGAACAAAACACAACCAGUAUAACGAUAUAAACUAUUAACCUAACCUGCCGUGCCGCGACCAUUAAUAAACCCUGACGCUCUCUAUACAUUGCCGCGUCAUUAAAUAGACCAGUUCUCUUCCUGAGCUUCAUUUGUACUCUAGUGGUAAAAAUAACUUCAUAAUUUUCCUCUUUGAGUGUAUCAUGUUGCCAUUUCAUUCAUAAGGCUGAGAAUUGAGAGUGGAUCUAUUUUGCUUUGCUCCUUGUGGCGUCUUGAUUCACCCAGCACAAAAAUUGCAUUGUUCAUCCAUUUUCUGACGUCAUGAGGUUGAAAUUCCAUCAUCCAUUCGUUGCUGUGUCAUGAAGAGGUUGGAGUCUCAUUGUUCAUCCACUUCUGUAUACCCAGAAAGUUAAAAUUGCUUCGUUCAUCCCUUUUCCUGAUCUCUACCGUAAAAUUCCUUCAUUCUGUCAUUUCUGUGUCAUGGAAACGGUGAAGCUGUAUCGUUCAUCCAUUUCUUUGUUGCCAGAAAGUUGACAUUGCCUCCUUCAUCUCUUUAUUACUGGAAGCUUAAAGUCCCAGCAUUCAUUUUCUAUCAUGGAACGGGUGAAACUGCAUCAUUCAUCCAUUUCUUAGUUGCCAGAAGGUUUGAAAUUACAUGACUCAUCCAUCGGUGUCUCCAGGCAUUGACCCAGACACCAUAACUCGCAUAUCUCAUCCGCCACUUGCCGUUCAACUCAUCCAUAAGCAGACUCGGCUAACUGGCUUGUUUCUUGCCAUAUUCCUAACUAAACAAGCCUUGCGUCCCUGUGUGCAGUGAGAGGAAGGGCAAGGUUACCACAGGCCCUUAAAUAAACCAUGUCCCUUUGUCUUGCUAGGGAAAUGAGAAGUAAAGCUUGCAAACCCAUAAUAAAAGAAUGUUCCUUGGUCACUGUAGGGAAAUCAAGGGGAAAGCUAACACAGGGCACUUAAAAACUGUCCCCUUGUCUCAUUAAGGAAAUCAGGACAUCAGGGCUAAAAAGAAUUAUGUCCAUUUGUCAGUUAGGAAAAACAGGGCUAAAGCUAACAUAGGCCCCUAAAACUAUGUCCCUGGUCUCCUUAGGGAAAUCAGGACAUCUGGGCCCCAAAAAACAUGUCCCUCUGUCUCGUUAGGGAAAUUGGGAAAAAGGGGGGAAAAUAGCAUGUCCCCUUGCUUCAUUAGGGAAAUCAGGACAUCAGGGCAAAAACAGCAUGCCCCCUUUGUUUCAGUGAGGAAAUCAUGGAUAAAGCUCUCUCAGGCCUCUUAAAAACCAUCCCUGUGUCUUGGUACAGAAGGGACAAAGGUAUCAAGUCCUAAACACAGGCCUCACUUUCCUGUAUUCUAGCAUAGGUGCCAAAAACAGCAGGUUAAGUGUCCUGGAGUCAGCUGUGGGGACGUGGUAGUGUGGCUCGCAUUCUUAAACUUCUCUGCGCUUCACCUCCACUAUUUCAGAAGUGCUUAUUUAAAUUGACAAGUUUUUAAAGGUGUUAAUAUGAUUCCAGAGGCAGAGUGACCAGAGUGACAAGAACUUUACAUUAUUAACUGGGCAUAUCGUCUUUAAAAUCCCGCUAGUCAUCUCUGUAGUCUUGGAAAAUGUUCAUGGUGAAAGAGCGUAGUGUUUCUGAAUGUGGGCAGGUGUACCAUGGGAGUGUGGCCUUAUGUAGCUUGUUAGGGGCUUGACAGGGCUUGGUAGGGCUUGGUAAGGAUGAGGGUGGUGCUGUUGCCUUGUAGUGUGCUGUGGUGGCCUUAGGGGUCUGCUGUGUGGCAAGGAGUCAAGGAGGUGUCUGGGAAGGUGUUCAUGUGUGAGAGGUGAAUAGUUUUUGUCUUAAGCACAAAGCGUUGAAAGAUGCUUGGUGUUCAUUUUAAGCAUUGGAGGUUGGCAUUGUUUAAUUAGGUUUGUUAAGAGGGUGAGGUGUUUUUGCCAUGCCAGGUGUUCACUUAAGGAAUCUCAUUAGAGCUGUAAGUGCCACAUACAAACAAAAGGCUAAAUAACUCUGUCCUAAUUGAGAGAAACAAACUUGACAACUCAAUCUACAUUAAGAAAAAUCGGCUUCACUCAACCUAAAGAAAGGAGAGAACCAGUUUAGUUUGUCGUCACCAGAAUGCAUCAAAUGUUGUACUUUGAGAAAUGGACGUUACUAUUUCUUUACAAUCAAGAAAAUAAGCUUUUGUUCAACUUGUAUAAAGAAAAAGAGAAAGAGAAAGAGAGCCAAUUGAACCUUUAUAAAGAAAAAAAGAAGGAAGCAGUUGGAUCUAUAUAAAGUGAGAGAGAGAGAGAGAGAGAGAGCACCAAUUAACCUAUAUAAAGUGAGUGAGAGAGAGAAAAUCAAUAAAACCUAUAUAAAAGAAGAGAGAUAGAGUGAGUGUGAGUCAAUUAAAUGUAUAAAGAAAAUAGAAAGAGUGCCAGUAUACUUUAAGGAAGAGAGAGCCAGUUAAACCCUAUACAUAAAAAGAAAAAGAAGAGAGAAAGUGUCAGUAUAGUUUAGCUCCUGACCAGAUUGCCUCCUUGCCUCACCCAGAUAAAGAAAAGAAAGAGAGAGAGCUAGUAUAGUUUAGUUUCUCCUGACCAGACUGCCUCCUUGCCACACCCAGAUAAAGAAAAGAAAAGAGAGAGAGAGAGCCAGUAUAGUUUAGCUUCUGACGAGACUUUCUCCUCGCCACACCAGGGACGCAGGCCAAGGCCAAGGCUUUGUACCACUAUAUAAUAACAGGUGUAGACUAGUUUCCUAUAUACUGUAGCUUUGUUAUUGAUGUCUUACAAACACACACAUUUAUAUCAAGUCUUGUGCAAUCUCCCACAAUGCAAUAUGGGCUACAGACGCUUGAGAUUAAUGUAGCAAAUGUACUUUUUUCUUCCUUUUUCACAGACUCUAUGACAGCUUUUUUGAAAUAGAUUUAGAGACGGUAAAUAAAUGUCCUUAAUUUAAUCAGGGGUUUUGAAUUGUUGGUUAAUUGUUAUUUCAUAGUUUAAAAUUAAGGUUUUGGCAUAAGUUGAACAAUCCGGUGCUAGUAAGAAUUUUGAGAUUAAAAAUGUGAUAAUCUCGGAUGUGGUUUUAGUUUUAUAUUUCAGCGUUAAACAAAACAAAACGUGGGAAAGAGAAGUGUUGAUUUGUGCGAGAUUAGCGGCGUGACGGGCACAGGAGAGGGAACAGGGUGCUAAUCAGUAUUGUUGUGAUAUUGAACGGAAAGAUUAAACCAGUGAUGUUGUCGCAAAAGAAACCGUUGAUAUUAUUGGAAACCGCAGGAAUUAGUUAAAGAGAAGUGAGAGCGAGAGAUGAACCUAUUAAAAAAUCCCUCCAUUAGCGUAGUGUAGUAUUGAUAAGUUGUAACGCGCCACGCACACACACGAUGGUACUUGUUGUCUGGCCUUCACGCACAUUGGCAUUGGUCUCUCUCUGCGCUGGUGUCUCGGAAAGCUGAUGACAGUUAGGGCUUAGAACAAAAACUCUUUGUAUCUUUAGUUUUGAAUAAAUUAAUAGAAAUCUCUGAUAUUUAGUGACUUUUUGAUAUUGAUUUUGUAUUUCUUCUUGGUUUUCUUCAGGUUAGACAACUCCUGGCGUAGAAAAAAAGUAAUAAAAAAAAUCUCUUAUAUUUUGUGACUUCUCUUUGAUAUUGAUGUAUUUGUUGUUGGUUUUCUUCAGGUUAGAUAACUCACAGCUUCAAAUAAAACCUCAAUUAUUUUUUUUAGUGCAUCAAAAAAAGUAAUCUCACGUUUCCCAAUUCUUGAAACGCUACUUUUGUAUUAGAUUAUAUUCCACACAUCAACUCUAUUUAGGUUUUGUAUGUAGACGUAACUUUAUUUUCACUCUUCCUAUUUUUUUUUUAAUGAAACGAGUGACUUAAAAGUUUAUCGUGUCUGCUUCACCGUGACUUGAGUUAGGUCACGCAUCACGGGAGCUUUAAGAUAAGUCUGUUGGUGCCAAGGUUGAUUCACAAUAUGUAGGUGAUUUGCAAACCAUAGAAUCUUUGUUUGAUAGACAAUAGACUUGCUUGUUUGGUGAUAUUAAUGUAAACAGGUUUUUAACAGACCAUAUUCUCAAAACACUCCUGCUAAACACUAAUUCCAAAGGCUCUGUGUACUUCAAGUUGUGAUUCUUAAGUGUUUUCAUAUUUCUAGUGACAGAUUAACAAGAUUUCUUCACUAGUAACAGGAGAAACACUUGAGGGAAUCCAGCAUAUCAUCUCUAGCCUUUGAAAAUGUUGAGAGGAGUGUUUAAAAUAUUAGGUUCUGUAGUAUUCUUAAAACAUCCUGCUGUAUUUUCUAGUGACAGAUUAACAAUAUUUCACUAGUAACCGAGAACCUGGGCAAUUAUCUCGGUGGCCUUGGAAAUAGUGGCACUGAGAGAGCUGAGUGUUUAGGAAUACUGGGGUAACUUCUCAGACUGGUGGUGGUGGGUAAGAACACACCACAAAGGAAGGGAACAGCUGCAGGUGUGAGAUCAGGAUGCAUAUUGUUCACUGCAGCCGUUAUGAGCGUGUGUGUCCGUGUGUCGGCUAUGUUAAGGCUGUGUAAGGUUGUUAUUCGCCCGCCAGGAAGAGAAUGUGAUCUGGUGUGCUUAUUGUUAGGGAUUUGAAUAUGAUCUGAGUCCAUAAAUGCACUGACUGAU